AUGGCUCUCCGAUCGCUCUCCAGUCGCAUUUCCCAGCGCCUCUUUGGCCGCGUACACUUCAGACUUGGCAGCAGAAUUCAAAUCCGAGUCAAUAAGGGCUUCAAGCCGCAGCAGCACGAGUCUCUCGGUGCUGCAGUCUUCUUCGCGAGGUGGUCAAAGCAUCUGCGGGCGGCGACAGUGGGGAAUUUCGUGAAGGCGAAUAUAUCGAAGGAGGCUUCUGCAGCAAUUCCAAAUGGAGCUGUGUUUGUGCGGCAGGUGGAGAAGGGCGAAGUGACUCCUUCGAAAGAAUGCCAAAAGGAACUCGAGAGGAUCCUCGGAGUCCAACUCGCCAGACACAAACGGCGACCCAGGCCCAAGCUCUAG